AUGUUUGUUGCUGAAGAAAAUGUGGAUUUUCGGAUACAUGUGGAAAAUCAGACGCGAGCAAGAGACGAUGUCAGCAGGAAGCAGCUCAGACUUUAUCAGCUCUACAGCAGAACCAGUGGGAAGCAUAUCCAGGUGCUGGGAAGGCGGAUUAGUGCCAAAGGAGAAGAUGGAGACAAAUAUGCCCAGCUUCUAGUGGAAACAGACACAUUUGGCAGUCAAGUCCGGAUCAAAGGGAGAGAGACAGACUUUUACCUUUGCAUGAACAGGAAAGGCAAGCUAGUAGGGAAG